AUGUGGCAUUCUUCUAAUAAACGAACUCCAUACGUUUUCUUUUCUAUUCUAGCAAUUAUCGUUAUUUAUCUGAUUGUGCGAUACUAUAGACAAGAAUCAUAUCCAUCCUAUGCUAAAUUACGUAAGAAUUCUAUUCGUAUCUUUACGAAUACUAUCAGCAUUUCAUCUUCUUCUCCGCUAGCAAAAGUACAAAAUAAAACUGCUGUUGUACAUGUAGCAGUUGUUCUCGCUUUAGCUAAAGAAACCAGUCAUAUUGCUGAAUUUCAUUUAUUAUAUGAAUCAUGGCGCUUUAUUCAGAACUUCUGGCCACUCUCACGACAAGUUUCCAUUGAUUUGAUUGUAUUUUGUGAACAACCAAGUUGUCAUCAAUUACCAUCGGCUUGUUUACCUCUUUCCUACAAAACGAAAUUAGAUAUCAUAGCGACUUGUUUUUAUGAAAUAUUAAAUCCGAAGAUAGUCGAAGAAUGGAGUGAUUAUCUCUAUAUGACAUCAAUUGCCUUCAUAUUAACUGAAGAAUAUCGACGAGCAACUAUCGAUUACCAUUGGAUCUUGAGAGUGAAUCAAGAUGCUGUGUUAAGUCCCGGUUUGCUAAUGGGUUUAAUUGGGAAGCAUCCAACAAAAUUGCUUCCUAUGCAAUUUGGAGGGAUCGGUCAUGGAACCGAAUUUACACAUGAUCGACUACGAAAGAUUGCAAAGAAACUCGGCUACAACCAUUCAAGUAUACAUAAUCUAUGUUCGACAUGGUUAGUCAAUCCACAUGACUCGGUGAAAAUUGCAAAUCUGACAACAAUCAUAGGCAAACAUUUUUUAAUAAAUGAAUUUGGACAUCAGGUUCCAGGCAUCGAAGACUUAUCUGAUAAUGGUGAAUGGCCCAAAUGGUGGCGAGAUAUCACAUCAUUGUAUGCUGCUGAGAUCGCUAUCAAUCAUAUUUAUUCAUCAACCCUUGGCCAUCAACAUGAAUCCAAUGCUCUAGAUCAUCCAUCUUUUUCAAAAGAUUCUGUAUGGAAUGUUUGGCAUAUUCAUUGUUUACAUAAUGACGAUUAUUUUUCCAAAUUCAAACAUCGAGACGAAUUACAAGAAUUUCUAAAACAUUCACAAGAAGAUCGAAUCAAAGAAAUUGUCAAUACCAGUUCUAGAGAUAUGCUUCUAUUUGAAGUUUUGAAUGAAUAUGAAAAGAUGCAAACGAACGAUGGUAUACCAAAUGGUAAAACAACAGUUCGUGAUUAUGUCAGAGCCUUGGCAUGGAGAAAAGCUUAUUCAGCUGUUGGUGCUAUUAAUUUGAACUAG